UCUGAGGCAGCAGCAGUUCCCCUGCACUCUCCUCCUCCUGCAGGCUGCACUCAUACACACAAACACACGGAAAGAUACAAAUAGAGCAAUGCGCUUAAACCAGUGAGAUACUGGGGACACAGUUUUUGUUUUUACUUCAAAUCUGCAGGCAAAUACCUACACAUUCACUCAACUCCACUCAGUCAGACUGCAAGUUGAUAUUCCAGACACUUACAGCCACUCUUGUUAACCUGAAGACUUGUUUUUCUUUUACAAAUUUUGCAAAAAAUGAGGACAAUACUGCUCUGCAUUUGUGCCACUCUUCUGCUCAUGGCCAACUUGGUGCCGCAAACCAUCCGGGCAGCAGACCACUCCACAAACUCUCACCAGCGUUGGGAUGCCAAAGGACCUUACAGCCUUGGAUCUGAAUCUGAUCACUCCACCUCUUGCCCUGUGAAACUUCGACCCUCUGGCCACUGUGGGAGCUCUGGAGCUGGGGCAGAAGACAGCGAAGAAUGCCCCUACCAGCUCACCUUGCCUCCCCUCACCAUUCAGCUGCCCAAGCAGUUCAGGCUUCUGGAAAAGACCAUGAAGGAGCUGCAGAACCUCAAAGAGGUGGUGAACAAGCUGAAAAGCGGGUGCAAGGAGUGCUAUGGGGAACAGCGCAAUGGGGUCUUCGGAUAUCAGCAAGAAGACCAGGGACAGGCACAGAUCCAUAUUCAAAGGGACGGUGGAGAAGAGGCAGCACUGGAUCCUCAGAGGGUGUCCAGUCAAGAGGAGAGGGGAGAUGGUAUGGUUUCUAGAGCUAUUUUGGAUGGUACAACACUGGGGCAACGUUCCAAUUUUGGGAAAAUUACACCUAGCCCAAGUAGUAUGCAAGAGAUGCAGAUGAAACUGAAUAGGAUGUCCGCCAGCCUGCGCAAUGCCAGGAGCCAGAUCUCGGCUCUGCAGGGUAGACUGGAGGGGCUAAACCUGCUCAACAUAGACAACGUGCAGGCUAUGGUGGACAGACAGGUGGAGAACAUCACCGGAGUGGUCAACAAGCUGAGCUCCAGCUGUACUACCCAGUGCGCAGCACAAAGCAGCCCUCAGUUCAUCUUAGCCCCUCGGGACUGCUCGGACUACAAUGUACUGGAGUUGAGGAAGAAUGGUGUUUACAGAGUGACCCCUGACCCUCGCAACGGGACAUUCGAGGUUUUCUGUGAAAUGGAAACCUUUGGUGGGGGCUGGACUGUCAUACAGCAGCGCCUUGACGGGUCUGUCAGCUUCAACCGCACAUGGGCAGAGUAUAAGAAAGGGUUUGGAAACCUAAGAAGUGAGUUCUGGCUCGGCAAUGACCAUAUCCACCUGUUGACGAAGGCCAAAGACAUGAUUAUGCGCAUAGAGCUGGAGGACUUUGAGGGUGUCCGGGAAUAUGCAAAGUAUGAUCAGUUCUAUGUGGCCAACGAGUACUUGCGUUACCGACUCUCCAUCAGCGGAUACAGUGGAACAGCUGGGAAUGCCAUCAGUUUCAACAAGCACUUCAACCAUGAUCAGAAGUUCUUCUCCACCCCUGACCGUGACAAUGACAUGUAUCCCUCUGGAAACUGUGGUGCCUACUAUAGCUCUGGCUGGUGGUUUGAUGCCUGCAUGUCAGCCAAUCUCAACGGGAAGUACUACCACAAGAGGUACAAGGGUGUCAGGAACGGAAUCUUCUGGGGAACGUGGCACAACAUGACAACAGAGUACUACCCCACCAACUACAGGCAGGCCUUUAAGACUGUCAAGAUGAUGAUACGGCCCAAAAGCUAUGCUCCUUAGGAAGACAGGCAUAUUUCUUUACCCAAGAGGAAGAAACACCCACCAACCACCCCAAAAUAAUGGAACAUAAAGCCCCAUACAUUUUCCUGUAGCUAUUCACACAUGCUUACAUGUACACAAAAAAAGACUCCAAGUUUUAGAGAAAGUUUGACUGCAGCUUUAACAAAAAUAAUUGUGAAAUAUAUUAUGCCAUCCCAUUUUUACAGAUGCGAGUGUGGCCUUUGAAAUGUUAGAUUAAUAUGACAAUAAUAAUAAAAGAAAAUCAUCUGUGAACAAUGACAGACUAUUAAAAAAGUGCAGUGUAAAGGCCAGCCUCCUUACGGGUACCGUAAUAUGCCACGGGACAUUAGUGUGGAUAAUUUUUCAGCAGUCCCUGACAUUUCUCCCACUUUCAUCCUGCUAUAAUCCCUGCUGAGACACAGCACAGCACAGCACAAACCAGUAGUAAAAACUAAUGAGCUAUCAUUUUCUCUGCUGUAAAUGAUUUCAUAAUUAACAAUGACCACUCAAGUGAGGGAGCUGAUGAUGGAGCUUUGUGUUUGAAAUUACUUAAGAAAGACUUCCUGCUGGGAAUGUUUAAUUACACUUUGGCAGCAUGGUAAUGCAUCAUUAUCCUAAACAUUAUGAAAUUCCCUGUGGAAGACAGGUAUCCCUAUAGUUCUACUUAUAUGCAGUACAGUUUAGAUUACUGAUCCUAUAAUAAAUUGUUCUUGAUAGUAAGCAGUUUCAAUAAUUUUCCAUCAUUAUCUCUUGGUGUAUUAUUGCACAGCUCUUAAUCAUACACGUUUCAAACUUUGUGAGAUUCUCAACCAUGUGUGCAAUACUUCCAUCUAGUGUUUUGAAAACCUGUAUAGCACCAUGUAGUCCAUUUUAUAAACAUUGAAAGAAGAUGGACAAAGAAAUGGUUGUUUGAGGAUGUGUACAGUAUUUAUUUUACUUUGUGAUGUAUCAGAGCUUUUAUAUAAUAUAUACUGUUGAUUAUUCAGUGAAAAGUCUAUUUACUGUUGACUGUGCAUAAUUGUGAUCAUUUUAAGCAAAUACAUGUGUAUUUGGACCUUUGUGCAUCUACCAUAUUGAUCUUUUCUAUUCAUGUUAAUCUUUCACGGCAAAAACAAAUUUACAAUUUUUAUAAUAAUAAUUUUAAAAAAAAGUUUCACGGUGUCUAGUAGAUCAUCGUUUUUGAGAUUUUGAUACGACAAGAAUGGCUGGAAAUCAAAUAAACACUGAUGACAAAAAUAAA